UUCAGAGUGCACUGUGCAUGCGCAGUCUCCCUCCCUUGCUAAGCUAACUAGCUGAAUCAUUUGGUUGCGGCUCCUCUCGUUUGUUGUAACUUUCCGUGUAAUAUUGUGCGAUGGCGGCGAGAUACGACAGAGCGAUUACUGUCUUUUCUCCUGAUGGCCAUCUCUUUCAAGUGGAGUAUGCACAAGAAGCCGUAAAGAAAGGUUCCACGGCGGUGGGAAUCAGAGGUAAAGACAUUGUUGUCCUUGGUGUGGAAAAGAAGUCUGUGGCCAAGUUACAGGAGGAACGAACCGUCCGCAAGAUCUGCGCGCUAGAUGAGCACGUCUGCAUGGCUUUUGCAGGUCUGACGGCGGACGCUCGCAUCGUGAUAAACAGAGCUCGGGUUGAGUGUCAGAGCCACAGGCUAACAGUGGAGGACCCCGUCACAGUGGAAUACAUCACACGCUACAUCGCCACACUCAAACAGCGCUAUACUCAAAGCAAUGGACGCAGGCCUUUCGGCAUCUCUGCUUUAAUCGUGGGCUUCGAUUACGACGGGACUCCCAGGCUGUAUCAGACAGACCCGUCAGGAACCUACCACGCCUGGAAGGCUAAUGCGAUCGGUCGGAGCGCCAAAACCGUGCGAGAGUUCCUGGAGAAGAACUACACAGACGAAGCCAUCGCCGGAGACAACGAAGCCAUCAAGCUGGCCAUCAAGGCUUUGCUGGAGGUGGUUCAGUCCGGAGGAAAAAACAUCGAGCUCGCCGUCAUCAGACGAAAUCAACCAUUGAAGAUUCUGGAGUCCAAGGAGAUCGAGACUCUGGUGUCUGAGAUCGAGAAGGAAAAGGAGGAAGAGGCAGAGAAAAAGAAGCAGAAGAAAUCCACUUGAAGCAGUUUACUACUUUUGGGCUUUAUUGCACUUGGAAGAUAUUAACAUGCUCGGUUUCCAAUAUUAGAGAGUUUCAAAAGGUUUGCUCAUUGGUGUCAUUGUGAAGAUCUGAAUCCUAACUUGAGACUGGCUAACGUUGCUCAGACUGUGUUGAUGUAUUUCUAACUCUUCCAGCUGUUGAUUUGAUUGUAAACACACAGAUGUGGAGUUAGGGUUCAGAUCUCAAACUUUGCUUACAAUUUUUUUUUUUUUUUUAAUCAUUCACCAACUCACUCAGAUGGUAAUGAACUUCAGAUGCUGAAAUAAACUGUACAUGGCAACAAGAAUCAAAAUGAAACUCAAAAGUCAAUAAAAGUCGUCAAAUUUUUCUAC